CGACCACAUAAUUGAGCAAAAAAUAUUUAACACCCUGUAUAAAAUGCAAUCGCCAGCGCAGCGCAAAAACGCGGCUUUACACUAAACCAAUAAUAGAAUAAAAUCAAUCUAUACACCCUCUCCACGCACACCACCACACAUCAAUCAAUGAUUUUCCUAUCCCUACACACGCGCACAUAGCUAAUCCAAAAUCGGCUAUCGGCAAUAUUGGCAUUGUAAACAUUUAUAGGAUAUUUGCAAACUAUUUCGACAAACGCCAAAACUACACCCGUCCCUUUCUUACAUCCGAGGGCGAAUGAAUCGGGAGCUAGUGAAAGCGAGACGGGGAGAUCAGUUUUACAACUUCGCAGAGGGACAAUGGCGACGCUAUUGUUGAAUGUACCCCAAACUUUUUUUUAGGUCACAUAAAAGUAUUACAGGGGACGUGCUGCCUGCAUUCACUUAUUGCAUUCGUUUCGCAGUCAACAUAGAAGAAGGAUCGUCGCCCACGCAGUCCGGUUUAGUGCUAAAUCUAUGCAGUGAUCUAGUGAUAGUGAGUGGAUAAGUGAAACAUGACGUCAGCGGCCACCACUAAUCGUGCGCAUGACAUGUGGAACAAUUGUGCCGACAUGAUCAAUCAAGGUGACUUACAAACGAAACAAUACAAUUACAAACCUAUGAUGCCAAACUUGUAUAAUUACCAAAACAAUGCUUACAGUGCUAACGCAGACUAUUAUCCCCCGUACAUGCAAAGUGCUGACUUUUACAAAGCUUACGGCGGUAACGAGCAAACCGAUACUGUAGUCAAAUCCGAGCCGAAUUGGCAUAACUAUCAUUCAAAUUACACAGAUAGUCAUGCUAAUAUGGAAAUGGUGAACAGAUGGAGAGAAAUGAACUAUUAUAGACAACAACAACAGCAUCAGAAUCCCUACGGAUACGACCAAAGAAGUAAUACAAUGGCUAAUCAAGUGACUUUAGAUAGCGCGGAGAGAGAGGACACUCGAUCGAUCAAUUCACCAGGUCAGUGCAGUUUACCAGAAACCAGCUACGGGUCGCCGCAAAGUGCCACAAGUGCCAAGCCAGCCAGCCCUGAGACAGAUUCAGGAAAGCUUCGGGCGCUGCUGUCAAAACCAAAGAAAAAUGAACCAUACAAAUCAUACACGCAAGAAAUAUUGCAACGAAUGAUGAACCAAGCGGAUCCAAUCACGGACUGGGAAAAAAAGAAUGAAAUUAAAGCGGAUAAGGAAUGCAAUUUGUCGCAAUUUCAUGGUGGAUACGAGGCGGAAGGUCAGACGUCAGUCAAGAGUGCUGGUGGGGCGGCGAAAGAAGCGCCGUCAUCGGGAGCCGACUGUCAGGACGUGACGAGGGUCGAGGCAGGCGGGGACAAUGCGGAUUACGCAGAUACCAAGAUGGCCGCUGCAACCGAUGUGCAAGGAUUCUACCCGUGGAUGAAAACUAUUGGCGGUGAUGACAAAAAGGAGGGAUCUAAAAGGACAAGGCAGACCUACACACGGUUCCAAACAUUGGAAUUGGAAAAGGAGUUCCACUUCAACAAAUACUUAUCGAGACGGCGAAGGAUAGAGGUCUCCCACGCCCUCGGCCUGACCGAAAGGCAAAUCAAGAUCUGGUUCCAAAACCGAAGAAUGAAAGCGAAAAAAGAUGGAAAACUAAACGCUUCUCCUGACCCGUACGGCGCUGAAGAAAUAGGUGCUACAGCUUUAGGCAAUAUGCCCGAAUAUAUGGACACCAGGCAGAUGCCACUAGACUAUCCUGGAUAUCAUAUGGGUAAUGGUCCACAUGCAAACUUGGCACAUAUGCCAGCAAUACCUCAGAACUGUAUGAUGCCGCCGUACAAUGUGCCUAAAAUGUGACACGU